AUGCGUAACAACGCCGCCGAAAAGCUGCUCAGCACAGCGCGCACGGAGGGUCUCUUACUUACGGAGAAUGGCUUUGCUGAGUUUAUGGAUGCUGCUGAUCCCUUGCGGGAGCAUCGUGAGGCCUUUCACUUUCCCAAACGGCGGGAAGGAGGGGAUUACGUGUACGUCAGCGGCAAUGCGCUGGGGCUGCAGCACAAAGACGUGGAGUCGAGUGUCGGUGGGGCGCUGAAGAAGUGGCGUGACCUCGGCGUGAUGGGGAACUAUCAACACCCAAAUCCAUGGGAGGAGUUGGAGAGCCUGGGUAGAAAAGAGAUAGCGGCGAUUGUGGGGGCACAGGAAAGUGAGGUGAUCACGAUGAAUUCAUUUGGUGUUAACCUGCACUUGCUACUAAUGGCGUUUUACAGGCCAAAAGGGAAACGACGGCGGAUUUUGACGUGGAAUCAUUCCUUCCCCGGUAGCACACAUGCGCUCGUCUCACAGUUGGAGGCACGCGGUAUGAACCCCGCGGAGGAUCUCGUUUUUGUGGGUGCCUCACAAGAUGAGAAUUGGGAAAUAAGUUCGGUUAAUAUUCCCAUAGAGCAGUUUUUUUCUCUUAUUGAGAAGUGCGGAGAUGAAGUUGCGGUCGCCGUAUUGAGUGGAGUCCACUUUUUUAGCGGGCAGCUCUUUGACAUUCAGACCAUCACAAAAGCGGCCCAUGCAAAAGGUAUUGUUGUCGGCGUAGACUGUGCCCACGCGGUGGGGAAUGUCCCGCUGCAAUUGCAUGACUGGGGGGUGGACUUUGCGUGCUGGAGCAACUACCGGUAUCUUAACAGCGGCCCCGGUAACCUGGGGGGUGUGUUUGUACACAGCAAGCAUACCUCCGUCGGAAAUGUGUUUAAGCCGCUGCGUGGUUGGUGGGGCCAUGAUUGCCGCAACUGCUAUAAGCUGUAUCGUAGCUUUGAGCUCGCAGAGGGGGCAGCGAGCUUUCAGGUUAGCAACGUCCCGGCCCUCGGCAUGAUGGCAAUGCUUCCAAGCGUCCGUCUUAUGGCGGAAAUUGGGAUGGGGCCGCUGCGCGAGAAGUCGAUGCUGCUGACGACCUACAUGGAACUGCUGCUAAGUGAGCUGGUGCCACAGGGCUCAAUAGAGGUCAUUACGCCUGUCGACCCCAACCAGCGUGGGGCGCAGCUGUCGAUUCGCAUUUUGCCAAACCGGCUCACCUCUAAUCUCUCGCUAAAGGACACGUAUGAGUGCGACACCUGCGGGGACAGUGACGCUGACCGCAUGGAGCGUCACCUCUACGAAAAUGGCAUCAUUGUGAACCACUACCCACCCGACGUCAUUCAUCUCGCCCCUGUGCCGCUGUACAACUCCUUCAUGGAUGUCCUGCUAACUGUGCGGGCGGUUGCGGAGUGCUUCUAG